AUGACGAGCCACGGUAAUGGGGUCAAUCCCCUGCGACCAUAUUACAUCCGGCCCUCGAUCGGCGAGCGCGCAGAGCCCGCCGCUCCCGGGCCCAAGGCCUUCUCCUCGGCCUCGGCGCGCAACGCGACCGCCUCGUCGGCCGUCGCCACGACGUCGUCCCGCUACGCGAGCCGCGCGCGCGACAUGUUUGGCGAUCUCGACUACAAGGGCUACAUGGACGACGACGUGCCGAGCAUGGCACGCAGCGUCAAGGAGCUGCUCGACGAUCUCGUGUGGAAGUACACGUCGGUGCUGAUGGCCCAGCCGUUUGAGGUGGCCAAGACGAUUCUCCAAGCUCGCAACCAGGAUGAGAAUGCGCUACUGUCGGAGUCAGUGGAAACAGAAGUAUUCGGCAUGUCUUUUUCGAGCCAGGGCCUAGGUAUCCCUGAGCACGAUUCCGACUCGGAGGGUGAUGAAUCUACCUUCUUUACAUACAACGGCCCCGAUACGCCCGCGAGCACAACAAGAGGCGGACUUACCGAGCGUCGCGCCUCGCCGCUCACCUCCCCAAAGCCCGUCAAACGCCGCCAACCCGUCGUCCCCGAGCACUACAUUCCGCUGCGCCGACCCGACUCCGUCACCGAAGUCAUUGGCCAUCUUUGGCAAAAAGAUGGCGCCUUUGGAGUCUGGAAAGCUUCCAACGCCACAUUUCUCUAUACUGUGCUGCACUCACUACUAGAAAACUGGUCCCGCAGCUUCCUGAGCGCCAUCUUCAAUGUACCAGACCUCGGCCUCAAGGAGGAUAUUGACCGCAUCAUUGACAUCGCGACACCGUACCCGUGGGCGUCGCUGUUUGUCGCCGCCACCGCGGCCGUCGUUACCGGGCUUGCCCUGGCACCCCUCGACCUUGUGAGGACGAGGCUCAUCAUGACACCCAGCAGCAAAGGCCCUCGCCGCACCCUGGCUACGCUGCGCGCUUUGCCGUCGUACUUUGUCGACUCGAUGCUCGCCAUCCCCACGAUCCUCAACUCGCUCAUCCACCCGCUUAUCACCCUCUCGACUCCUCUGCUUCUGCGCACCAAGUUCUUGCUUGACAACCAGGCCUCGCCCAUGACCUUUUCCGCCGCCAAGUUCCUCGCCUCGACAGUGGCCAUCCUCGUCAAGCUGCCGCUCGAGACGGUUCUCCGCCGCGGCCAGAUGGCCGUGCUAUCGAGCCCCGAGUACAUCCGCGCCCUCGCCGGCAAGGACCUCCGCAUGGAGACCAUCGUCCCCAUCGGCCCAUACCGCGGCGUCAUCGGCACCAUGUACCACAUCACCGCGACCGAGGGCUCCAGGACCAUGCAGCUGCAGGCCCCGGUCAAGAGCAACCGCAAGGCCUCCAAGUCUCGGCCCCAAACACCGCUCGUCAAAAAUGGUCAAGGCCUCGAUGGCUUGUGGCGCGGCUGGAAGGUGAACUGGUGGGGUCUUGUCGGGCUAUGGGCUGCCAACGUCAUUGGAAACGGAGGCGACGGAGAGUUUUGA